CUGGCGGUGCUCACUGCUCGGGCGGCCGGCCAUUCACUCGCUCCCUUGCUCCCUCGCUCGCUCGCCCGCGGAGCCUCCAGCAGAAGCAGGCCGAAAGGCGAAGCUCCACGACGGCGAGACGCGACGUACUAGCCGAGAUGACGGGAGGAGGACGCUGCUGACCUGGCACACUGCCACCAGAGAAUCUGCUCCAGUCAUGGCCGCCCAUCGCAUUAGAGCCUCGGCCAGUAGCAACACUUCGCUGCCUCGGUGCAGGUCCGAGGGGACGCUGAUUGACCUCAGUGAGGGCGUGUCCGAGUCCAGUCUCAUUGACGUCAAAGUGCCUUCUCCUAGUGCCUUACGCCUGGAUUCCACCGCCUCGUUGGGCACGGCCCGGGAGGUGGUGGCCAUUAAGGAUUACUGCCCAUCCAGCUUCACCACGCUCAAGUUUUCCAAAGGCGACCGCCUCUACGUCCUAGACACAUCGGGCGGCGAGUGGUGGUAUGCCCACAACAACACAGAGAUGGGCUACAUCCCGGCUGCCUACGUUGAGCCCAUCAAUUUCAGAGACUCGUCCUUCAGUGAUAGCGGCAUGAUUGACACCGCAGGGGACACCAAGGAGGAGACGGCCUCGGAAAUGGACCUUCUCGGGGACUGGGCUGGUGUAAUUCUCAAACCCACCACUUUCCAUAAUGGAAAUCCUUUCAUAACCACACAUACCUCAACCAACCCGUUCCUCCGCGGGGGUCCUCAGAGCCCACUGGACCAGAACAGCAACGAGAAGUCAGUUGAUCUUCUUCUCUUUGACACCCCGUCUGUGUCAGAAUCAGUCAGCAGCACCGCGGACCUCAACGGUUUUGGUGGGAUUGUUUUUAACCCUCUAAGUAGCACUCCAGGGAUGGAGCUUCGAAGGGACAAUCCAUUUUUCAGGAGCAAGCGGUCCUACAGUUUGUCCGACAUGUCCAUUCUGCAGGCUCAGUCGGACAACUCUCCAAUGUCCAGUGGUUUCCUUAGCAGCCUUAAAGCGCCAGCUCCGGAGCAGUUCCAGAACAGGGAGGAUUUCCGGACAGCGUGGCUUACCCACCGCAAGCUGGCCAGGUCCUGCCACGACUUGAACUCGCUGGGCCAAAACCCGGGCUGGGGUCAGACGCAGCCGGUAGAGACCAGCAUCGUCUGCCGGCUGGACAGCUCAGGAGGCGCUGUUCAGCUUCCAGACACCAACAUCAGCGUCCACAUUCCUGAGGGACACGUCACGGAGGGGGACACCCAGCAGAUUUCCAUCAAAGCUCUCUUAGACCCGCCUUUGGAGCUGAACAACGACCGCUGCACCACCUCUGGCCCAGUGGUGGAGCUCAAGCUCAGCAACAUGGAGACCAAAACCAGCAUUACACUGGAGAUGAAAGUAUCCGUGGUGGUCAAAGCAGAAAACCGGGAGACCACCCGGAUCCUGUACGUCAGAAGCGACUGUAAAGAGGGGCCUUACACUCCCAUCUCCCAGACUUGCCUGUACGGGGACACGGUCCAGGUGACCUUGGACAACUUGGAACCAUGCAUGUAUGUUUGUGUGGUAGUGCAGUCCCAGUCUACAUCUCCAGAUUCCACCGUGUGGGAUCAUGUGGUCAAAAAGAUUACACUAGGGGUGUACGGUCCCAAACACAUUCACCCCUCAUUCAAAACGGUUGUAGCCAUGUUUGGUCAUGAUUGUGCCCCCAAGUCGCUGUUGGUGAGCGACGUGGGUAGGCAGACGCAGUCUUCGCCUGUAGCGCUACAGCUGUGGGGCAAACACCAGUUUGUCCUGUCCAGACCCCAGGACCUCCGGGUUGGGGUGUACUCUAACAUGGCCAACUACGAGGUUAAGGCCAGCGAGCAGGCAAAAGUGGUCCGGGGUUUCCAGAUCAAACUGGGCAAAGUAAGCCGGCUCGUCUACCUGAUAAGUUCUCGCAACGGCACGGAUGUUUCAGACUUCACCCUGAGGAUCCAGGUCAAAGACGACUUGGAUCUUAUACUGGCCCAGUUUUGCGUUCAGACGCCCACGCCUCCGCCCAAAACGGGUCCGAAGACGUCCAUGCAGCGUCGCUUCCUGAAGAAGAAGGAAGUGGGUAAGAUUGUCCUCUCCCCACUGGCCGUUGCCACCAAGUACCCAGUGUUCCAGGACCGCAGGAUCACCAACCUGAGGUUUGGAAAACUGAUCAAGACAGUCAUCCGGCAGACUAAGAACAGCUACCUGCUGGAGUACAAGAAAGGAGACUUUGUGGCACUUUUAAGUGAGGAGAAGGUCAAGCUGAAGGGUCAGUUGUGGACCAAAGAAUGGUACAUUGGGUACUACCAGGGCCGGGUGGGACUGGUCCACACGAAAAAUGUACUGGUGAUGGGCAAAGUCAAGCCUAUUUACUUUAGCGGGCCUGAGCUCACCACCUCCUUGUUACUGGAGCAGGUCCUAAGGCCCUGCAAGUUUCUCACAUACAUCUACGCCUCGGUUCGCACCGUCCUGAUGGAGAACAUCUGCAACUGGCGGGCAUUCGCAGAUGCCCUCGGGUACCAGAAUCUGCCCGUGACGUACUUCUGCCGGGCCGAGCUGGACAGUGAGCCAGAGAGGGUGGCCUGUGUUCUAGAAAAGCUAAAGGAAGACUGCAACAACGCUGACAGCAAAGAGCGAAAGUCCUUUCAGAAGGAGCUACUCAUGGCUCUGCUGAAGCUGGACUGCCAGGGCCUGGUAGCCCGUCUGGUGAUGGACUUUGUCCUGCUGACUACGGCGGUGGAGGUGGCAGGACGCUGGCGAGAGUUGGCCGAGCGCCUGGCCAAGGUUUCCCGCCAGCAGAUGGACGCCUACGAGGCGCCGCACCGCGACAAGAACGGCGUGGUGGAUGUCGAGGCCAUGUGGAAGCCGGCGUACGACUUCCUGGUGACGUGGGCGGCCCAGAUGGGCGACAGCUACCGGGAUGUGAUCCAGGACCUCCAUGUGGGCCUGGACCGGAUGAAGAGUCCCAUCACCAAACGCUGGAAGCACCUGAGCGGAACUCUGCUUCUGGUCCACUGCCUGGACACCCUCCGAAGUUCCGCCUUCAGUCCCGUCUCCGCCACUUCUUCCUCACAGGACGACUUCGCCAUCUGACGCUUUUUCUACUCGCCUUUUUUCUACACGCACCGCACGUCUAUUUAUUUACACUCGGUUCUGUCUCCUGUGAUUCUGAUCGCGCUCGUGUAAUUUAUUAAUGUCGCCGACCCGCCAAACGCUUGGAACCGGACUCUCAUGAGCUACGCUUCCCCUUUCGUAUCAUGUUUUUGGUCAACUUUCUCGUCCUUGCUUGUUUUGAAGCUUUACCCACCCGGUUCUGGUUUGAUCGGGUCAGUUUUGAUGUGAUCAUUGCAGUUUCGGAUGCAAUUGGGCCCAUUUCAGGUGUAAUCGGAUUGGUUCUGAUGUGAUUGUGUCAUUUUCUAUUGCAAUUAGGUCCAAUUCUGGUGUGAUUGGGUUCAGAUUUGAUACAAUCUGGUUUUGGAGCACCUGGGCCAAUUCUGGUGUGAUCCGGUUGGGUUUUGUUGGAAUUAGGAUAGGUUCAGAUUCCAUUAGAUCAAGUGCUGAUUGGAUCUGAUCUGGUUCUGGCACAAUCAGGUGCCGUCAAAAACAGAACCGGCCUCAUGGAACUCACUCACUGUUUCAGAGUUGUCGUCAACUUUCACAUCCUUGCUUUGUUUGGGGGUGUGAUUGGGUCAGGUUCUGCGGGUGAGGUGUGGGGUCUGGGUCAGGGUCUGGAGGGUGCCAUUAGACCUGUUUCUAGUGCGAUCAGAUCAGGAUCAAUUGUCAUCGGCUCGGGUCAGUUUCUCAUUUGAAGGGAUGAGAUUGUGAUCCGGUGCAAUUGGUAGGGGUGCCAAUGUUUGCUGACUCCCCCUGGAAACAAAGACAACAUUGACACCUUAUGGCUCAAUUGUCCAUUUCGAUUGCUUGUCGUCAUGGUAACGACAAACAAGCCAGCGCUUUGAAACUGAGCAACAUUCCUGACCUGUUUGUUGUCUGAUUUUCACACUUCGUAUUUUACAUCAACACUUGCCAAAAAGGACGUGUGCGGUCACGUGACGGUGUCAUGUGACAUCAUCAUGUGACAUCAUCACCGCCGUUGCCGCUCAUCAGAAAUAAAGUGUAAAUAUUUGCA